GAUAGCAGCUACCUACAUACAUUGCCACAAGCUACCCCAGCCAGCGCCCAAGUCGGACGCACACACAGCACAAGCGAGAAGAGAAGAGAAGAGAGGCGGAAGAAAGCUAAGAAAGUAAGAAAAAGAUUGAUCGGGAUAUCAUGGCCGCGGUGGCGAUGACGAGGAAGAUGAGGCUCGCUCUGCCGGUGCUCGUGGCGGCGCUGCUGCUGCUGGCGGUGCUCGGCGACGCGGCGCGGCCGCUGGGCGGCGAGACCUGGGCGGCGGCCGGGGGUGCCCCGCUGCCGGGCGCCGGCGUCGUCGAGGUGCUACGAAGGCUCUACCUGCAGCGGCUGGGCGGGCCGGGCGCGUCCUGCAGCACCAACAGCCCCAACAAUGGCUGCCCGCCGUAGGAUGCUCCCCGCCGGCGUUUCCUCUCCCGCGCGUUCCAACGCGUUUUUUAACGACCCGAUCGAGUGGUCGUCUAGACUCCGGUGAUCGAUCGGUCGUCCGUAGGAUUUGAUUCGUUGGUUUGUUUCUUGGUGAUUGAUUUUUGGUGCUGCCCACGCGUUCGUACGUACGAAUGCAUCCUGCGUGGCAACUUGUAGUUUUGUACAUACAGAAAAAAUACACACAUAGAUACGAUCGGUUUGAAUAAAGCACAGGCAAGCUGAAAAAGC